GUCCUCGACUCCAUCCUCCUACCCCGAUCCCGUCGCCGAGCCCGCGCCGCCGCCGCAACUCGCCGGGCCGCCGCGGCUCGCCAUCCAGCGACCCCCCGCCGCCGACGCAGCUUGCCAACCCGCUGAGUAGACGAACCCGCGGCCCCCGCUGCGCGGCUGCGCCGCCGACCGCCGCCAUGGAGAAGCCCCCCGCCGCCAAGGACAAGAAGGAGCGCAGGCCUCUCGGCGCUAAUGCGGGUGAAGUUGAAGAAGACGGUGGGGAAGAAGGCGCCGGCAGUGGGGCCGAAGAAGGCGACGGCAAGGUUCGCUCGAGGGCGAACCCAGCGAUUGUCCUCGCCGACGAGCAGCCACAGCAACGCAGGGGUCCUGCUCCUCCUCGCUCGGUCGGCAUCCGGCUCAAGGACCGGCGGUGCUGAUGCUUCAACGACGGCUAUGGAACAAGAGGCACAUGAGGAUAGUAUUGAGCAAGAGGGCAAGGAAGAGAACAACUAUGAGCCGUGGGAAGAGGAUAUGCCAAUGGAUGAAGAAUACUCUGAUGAUAUCAUGUCUGAGGGUGAUCCAUUUGGUCUUUUCCGGCACUGAUGAAGUAGAACAUAUUGUAUGGAUUGUGAGGUUUGUUGUUGCGAAGAGUGCGAGAGCUACCACAACCUUGGACAAGGAAGCUCCGACGAAGAGCAAGAGUACGUUCUGAUUCUUUAGGUUAUGGGCCUAUAUUCCAACACGCUCUCACCAUGAUGUUGAUGUAGCCCUUCUAUCUCCCGUUUUCCGCUAUUGAACAAUUGUUUUAUUUCCAGCUAAUCCAUGAGGUUAUCCGAAUUUGUAAGUACUUUUAAAUUUUGAAUGAUGCACUGUAAUAUUGAGAUCUUUGUUUUAUGA